ACAUAUUGCAUGAUCAAAGAGCAAUCAUCCAUGCCUCCUUCGCAGAUAGAGGACCAACACAACCCACUGAUUUUCAAUGCUUCCAUCCUACAGCAUGAAACCAGCAUACCCCAACAGUUUAUAUGGCCCGAUCAUGAGAAACCCAACGCACAGAAACCCAAGGAACUACCGGUGCCUUUGGUGGACCUAAGUGGCUUCCUUUCUGGACGCCCUAAUGCAGCCAAGGAAGCCUCUAGGCUCGUUGGUGACGCUUGCAUGAAACAUGGUUUCUUUCUAGUCACCAACCAUGGAGUUGAUGCAGAUCUCAUAGAAGAUGCUCAUAGGUACAUGGAAUUGUUCUUUGGGCUACCGCUUUCGGAGAAACAAAGAGCUCAAAGAAGAGUAGGGGAGAGUUGUGGAUAUGCUAGUAGUUUCACCGGACGAUUCUCCUCCAGACUACCGUGGAAAGAAACACUCUCUUUUCAAUUCUCAGGUGAGGAGAACUCAUCCAACAUAGUGAAGGACUACUUUGAGAACACAAUGGGAAAAGAGUUUGCUCGACUCGGGAAAGUUUACCAAGAAUAUUGCAAUGUUAUGAGUAGACUCUCACUUGGGAUCAUGGAGUUACUAGGGUUGAGCCUGGGUGUGGGCCAAGCUCACUUCAAGGAAUUCUUCGAUGAAAACGAUUCGAUAAUGAGGCUAAACUACUACCCACGAUGCCAAACACCAAACCUCACCUUAGGGACCGGCCCUCAUUGUGAUCCGACAUCCUUAACAAUUCUUUACCAAGAUUCAGUUGGUGGGCUAGAAGUGUUUGUAGACAAUGAGUGGCGUUCCGUUGCUCCUAAAUUAAAUGCUUUCGUCAUCAACAUCGGUGACACAUUCACGGCACUUUCAAAUGGAAGAUACAAAAGUUGCUUACACAGAGCUGUGGUUAACAACAGAAUUCAUAGGAAAUCACUUGCUUUCUUUCUAUGUCCAAAGAAAGAUAAGGUGGUGAGCCCACCAGACGAACUGGUGGACGAAAAGAACCCCAGAAUAUAUCCAGAUUUUACAUGGUCUACCUUUCUUGAGUUCACUCAAAAACAUUACAGAGCCGACAUGAAUACCCUCCAAGCUUUCUCCAAAUGGAUUCAACAGAAAAACAGCUGAAUUUUCAAGAUCAAAAUCGUCAACUAUGUUUUCCUCCUUGUCUCAGUCUCUUAGUUACAUCUCUCUUUCACAUGAAACCCAGAAAAGGAAUAAGAAUCUCAAGUCUAAACUUUCUGAUAACUAUAUAUAUAUAGUUAUUAGCCAAUGAAUUAUCAUGCUACAAGAAUCAGCUGGAAAACAAAAACCUCGUUCCUGGCUUUCGAUAAAAGACUCUCUAAGGAAUGAAUGCAUGAAUGGUGGAUGCUUGAAACCAAAAUGUUGGUCAGGAAUUGCAUUGAUCGAGGAGUACCAUUGGCAAGAUUUAGUCUGUAUGGAGAUUAAACCAGGAAUGCCUAUGAACAUGACAAUUUUGUAAUUUUCUUUUGUAGUAUAUAAGCGGUAAAGAUUUUUACGUACCACUAGGUGUAUAUUGUUGUAAGAUAAGUGUGUUAUCCUUUAAAGGAUAUGACGAUCUAGAUAGAUAUAAACAUAUUAGA